AUGUCUGUCCCUUCGUUCACCAACUAUGUCGUGAAGCGACCCUUCUUGAGGCGCUGGAUGCAGCCCAUUGCCGAAUGGUACACCAACGCCGCUGGCUACCGCCGUCUCGGAUUGAGAGCCGAUGACUUGAUCCCCGAAGAAAGCGAACUCGUCCAAAAGGCCCUCCGUCGUCUUCCUCCCAAGGACGCCUACGACCGCGUCUUCCGUCUUCGCCGUGCUUUCCAGUGCUCGAUCUCUCACACUCUUCUCCCCGCCGAGGAGCAAACCAAGCCCGAUGAGGACCGCGAGUACCUCAGCCCAAUCAUCCGGGAAUUGCAACAGGAAGCCCAAGAACGCGAGGACCUGGACACUCUGGUCGUCAAGCGAAAGUAA